UACAUUGGAAGCCAAAAGUUUGGCAGAAAUAAAUAUAUCCCGGCGAGGGGAAAACUGACAGAUAAAUACAAUAAUCACAAACGUUUACUCCGAAGGAGUGGGGUAAUAAUAAACCGCCCGCACACGAGCACCGACGACGUUUCGGCACUUCCGGCUGACGCAGAAGUUGAAAAUCAAAGUGUAUCUAGAGAAGAAUAUGAAGAAUUAAAACUUUGGCUGAAAUACAACAAGGAGCCAGUGCCCGAAGUAAUCGAGAAAUGGAAGAAAACAUCUCAAUUGCGCCUUAAGGAGCUACAAUGCGAAAAAUUUGCAAACGUACAUGACAUAGUGAACGAUUGGCCCUCAUAUAAAUUGAGUUUCGGAUAUAAGUUGAUUGAACUGGAUUUCGAAUUCAAGUUUAAAGGAUCAGAGCUCCGACUAUUCCAAAAAUGGCCCAUAUUUUUAGAGAAAGCGCUUAAUCCUUUAAAAACAAUUAAAGCUGCUUCUGUCUACAUUAAAUUGAUUGAAGAAAAUCCAAGUGAAGAUGUAAGAGACUUCUGCUAUUGCGCUGCAAUUGGUUUUAAAAUAGUUCCAACCGUAAGAAUACAGUGCCAAGAUACAGCUGGCAAAAAAAAAACAUAAAGCCAAGCAUUCAAGAAGCUACGAACAGUUUCAUUCUUCAUGCAAAGAACCAAAGCGAAGUCCUUACCCAGCUGGACUACCGGCGAAAAGCCCAAAGUGCUAAGGGUCUACGGUGCCAACCCAUCAUUGUUGCUGUCGGACCAACCAUCGAUGCCCUAAAGGACUUUUAUGUUGCGUAUGAUAACAUCAUUUAUAAAAUAGACUCGUUCUUGAAAGCGCUGGAUGUAUGCUUCAAAACUUUUCACUGCCUGGACGCAGAAUAUCCCACAGAAGCCGUUCACAUUUGGCUAUUUCUACAAAAAUAUUUUUAUAACAUCGACACAAAAUCAGACAAAAAGCUUUCAGGAGUCUCAUCUUUUAUCUCCGACUUGGAAUAAGUGAUUUGUCUGCUAAAUUUAAGCAAAAUGUUUGUUUGUUUCAAAUGUCUCGCUUCAGUUGAAGAUUACAACGAUUUUUGUAAACAUUUAAAAGAUCAUCAUAACUUAAGUGCAAACGCAACAUAUCGCUGUAAACAGUAUCAAUGUGAUCGCGAAUAUCAAAAUGUACGUUCUUUUAGACGCCACUUAAUUUCCCAACAUUUGAAUACACAAACAAUUUUUGAUACUGAUUGCACUACAAAUGAUUGCACUUUAAGUGAAAAUAUACCUGAUACGUGUAGUUUGUUAGAUCCUUGUGAAUCCUUUGAAUAUCAUCCUCUAAACAAUGUUUGUCGUGAGAACGCUUUGGAUACUGCCCAUAGUAUGUUAGAGAAAUCUGCCGCUACGUUAGCGCUUUCAUUAUUCAGUGACAGUGGGGUUAACCGGAAAACUGCUCUUAAAAUAUUAGAAAAUAUUCAACUUCAUAUUACCCAAGUUCUUGGUGAUAUUUUUAAACAUGUAAUGCCUAUUUAUAAUGAGUUCAGUCAAAGUGAAAUAGAUAAUAUACAUAAACUGAUUUCAAAUCCUUUUGGUAAUUUACGCACUGAAUAUAAAAUUAUAAAAUACUUUACAGAUAUCAAUUGCUACAUUGCUCCUGAAAAAUACAUUAUUAAUGAAAAUGUUGCUGACAAUACAGUCAACACUUCAGUAAUGCUUGCGCCUAAAUCCUGUACUGGCGCAAAACUACCGCUUCGCUCAUUAUUCAAGAAAAUUUUUGAAUUACCCUAUACAAAUACUUUACCUAACGAAGUUAAUUUUCCAAAUUUUGCUCACAGUUUAAUUUGGCAAAAAAAAAUUGCAAGUAAAGAAGGCAAACUCUGUUGUCCUUUUUUUAUAUAUUUCGAUGAUUUCGAAUGUAAUAAUCCCUUAGGUAGCCACGCCGGUGUACAUUCAAUAUCAGCUGUAUAUUAUCAAUUUCCUACUAUGCCACAGGAAUAUCUUUCACAGCUGGAUAAUGUGUUUGUUGCAAUGUUGUACAACUCUUCUUUUAAGAUAUACGGUAAUCACUCGGCAUUCUACGAACUCAUUAAAGAAUUAACAUAUUUAGAGGAAGAAGGUAUAGAUAUAAAUACUGAAAAUGGUAAAGUGAAAAUCUAUUUUAUACUUGGAAUGAUAUUAGGGGACAAUCUAGGACUAAACACAAUUCUCGGAUUUUCUAAAUCUUUUAGCAGCAAUUACUACUGUAGAAUAUGUAAAAGUCACAAAUCUAUAAUGACAAAACAAACCAAAGCAGAUAAUGCACUGUUAAGAGAUCAGGAUAAUUAUGCUAAUGACAUUGACCAAAAUAAUGUUACAGAAACGGGAAUAAGUGAAUAUUGUUGUUUUAAUGAUAUUCCUAGCUUUCACGUAGUAGAUAACUGUUGUGUUGAUAUUAUGCACGAUAUUUUCGAAGGAGUGUGUCAUUACGACUUAGCUCAUAUUAUUUUGUAUUAUACUGAAAUACACUAUUUUGACCUGGUCACUUUAAAUAAUCGCUUAAAAUUAUUUGACUAUUCAGUUACAGAGCUUAACAAUAAGUCUGUUUGCAUCAAGCAAGAACAUUUAAUUCGCAGUAAGUUUAAAAUGUCAGCUUCGGAAAUGUUGACGUUUGUACAUUUGUUCCCUCUACUAGUUGGAGAUUUAGUUCCUAGUGACGAUCCUGUAUGGCAAUUUUUAACAAUCUUACUAAAAAUAAUUCAGAUUAUAUCAUGUAGCGUUGUAGAUGCUCCGACUGUAAAAUUGUUAGAAUCUUUAAUUACUGAACAUCAUGAAAAUUACAUUAACCUUUUUAAUGAUACAUUAAAACCGAAACACCAUUUGAUGUUACAUUACCCGCAUAUUAUUGAGCAGGUGGGCCCCUUAAAGCAAUUAUGGUGCAUGAGAUUUGAAGCUAAACACAAAACAUUGAAAAACACGGCUCACAUCAUAACUUCUAGAAAAAACAUUUCUUUAACGUUGCUAAUGAAAGAACAGUUAGCGUUUGCAAACAGACUUUUUGUAAAGAAGGGAUUAGAGUCUCGAGUGGAAUUAGGAAAAGUUAUUGUACGGGAGUCGCGUGUGGAUAUUUCUCACAUUAACGAUACUUCUAAUCAAGAUGUUGAUUUAACUUGUGAUUUUCAAUGGAUACGUUUUAAGGGCACAAAGUAUAACCCAGGAAUGAUAAUAGUUACUACUAAUGAAGAUGAUUUUUUUUUUUCAAAUUAGAAAGAAUUUUUCGUUCUAAAUACUCUAUGAGUUUAUAUUUUCUAUGUAAAUCAUUAAAAUGCUCUGGUUAUAAUGAUCAUUUUCAAGCUUAUUCAAUUGAAGGAGAAAACGAUUCCAUGGAGCUGCUGAAACCAGAAAAUUUAAUUAUUUCUCCCACUAAUGUUCAUGUUAUUGCCACAGGUGAAUCUUAUUGUCGAUUUAGUUACUAUUAAAAUUAAAUGAAACAAAUAAUAGUAAAGCCAUUCCAUAGAUAGUCUUAAUAAACUAAAUAACGUACAAACUUAGAUUUUGGUCCGACUGACGGUAUAUCAAAAAUUUGUCAAAAUCAGUUAAUGCUUAGGGGGUGGAAAUCUUUAUCGCCAUUAGUAUGGAAAGUCUCACAAUAGUGUUAAAAGUGAAAUUGUACCUACCUUUGCAUGAAGAAUGAAACUGUUCAUAGCUUCUUGAAUGCUUGGCUUUAUGGUUUUUUUUGCCAGCUGUAUCUUGGCACUGUAUUCUUACGGUUGACACUAUUUUAAAACCAAUUGCCGCGCAAUAGCAGAAUAGUAAAAGGUGGAAAAAAACAUAAGAAAUAAGUUAUUUUAAAAUAAGUGACCUAGUAUUUAAUUGUUUUUAUUUUUGGUAAAAUAAAUUUCAAUACCAAAGA